AGGGGUACCCAGGAAAUGACAUCAUUAAUCCCGGAAGCGGAGAGUGCUCGGAGAGCCUCAGAAGGAAAGAUGGCUGCGAAGUCUGAUGGUGUGGGGGUUGUUACCGGUUUCGCCCAGUUGCACAACUUGGACGAGACGGUUGAGAACGAGGAAGGGGAACCGGGGGAAAGCAGCUCCAUCCACAUAUGUCAUUGCUGCAACACGUCAUCCUGCUACUGGGGCUGCCGGAGUGCUUGUCUGCGUUCCCUCCUGCGGCAUACCAAGAGGCGCAAAGGCGAGGAGGACCAGCGGCAGGAGCAACCACCACCGCAACCGGAACGACCGUGGCUGGACUGCUUAUGGAUUGUGUUGGCAUUACUUGUUUUCUUCUGGGACGUGGGCACAGACUUGUGGUUAGCUGUGGACUAUUACACCAAGCGGGACCACUUAUGGUUCGGACUCACGCUCUUCUUCGUGCUCGUCCCGUCAGUAAUGGUGCAGCUGUUGAGUUUUAGGUGGUUCGUGCAGGACUAUACAGGCGGGGGUUUGGGGGCAGUGGAGGGGCUUAGCAGCCGGGGUCCCCCGAUGAUGGGCAGCGUGGCUACUGCCACCUCAACCCCCGGAGGGGUGAGGUUUUGCAGGUUGUCUGUAUGGAUCUGGCAGUCUGUCAUCCACUUGCUGCAGAUGGGACAAGUCUGGAGGUAUCCCGAUUUAAUUUCUGUGGCAUCUCCAUUCUCAAGAAGUUGGGCCAGUCUGUUUUACGUUGGCAAUUUCUGUUGCCCUUGUUUUAUUUGAACAUCAGCCUCUCUGCUUGGUCAUACGAAUUCAUGCCAUUACAUAUAUAAUAAAUAAAGGUUUUAUUUUAUUAUAA